AUGAGGGUAUGGGGGCGAUUUCGGAUACAGCCUGUGAACCUGUUGUCUGAUCCACACUCCGGAGCAGAUGGUGGCGAGAAACAUUCCCUCCACUUCAAGUUUACAGCUCUUUCCAAAGCAGACACUUUCCCAGAGUUCAGUGCUGGAGCUGUUGCUGAUGACAGACAGAUCAAACACUACAGUAAUGAAGAAAGAGACUGGAUUCUGACUGAAGAUGACUGGAUCAGUGCUCCUGAAGAACCACCUGAUUCUAGAGACUGGUUCCUACAUCAGUUAAACACUCUGUCAAACUGCACAGACUCUCAGUGUUCUGAGCUCCAUGUUCUUCAGAGAAUGAUUGGUUGUGAACUGGAGAAGCUUCCUGAUGGAACAUGGAUUGAUAAAAACCCCAAAGCUAAAGAAACCAAAAUGAAAUGUGAUCAGCAAACUGGAAGAAACCAGUUCCUCAAGCAUUACCUCAAGAACUGCAUUAACUGGAUCUCCACAUUUAACAACACCAGAAAGAGUAAACCAAAUGUUCACAUAAUUUUGAGGAAAGCUCCUAAUGAUCAAAAUAAGCAGGUUUUGAUCUGUCUGACCACUGGCUUUUACCCCAGAGAUAUUGAGAUGGACAUUAGGUUUAACAAAACUGUCCUUAAAGAUCAGACAUCUUCUGGAAUCAGACCAAAUGAUGAUGGAUCCUUUCAGAUGAGAACCAGUGUGGAGAUCGACAGAAGUCAUGAAGGGAUUUAUGACUGUUCUGUCAUUCACAGCAGCCUGACAGAACCAGUUUCAGAAGAAUGGGGUAAAUAUCAUCAUAAAUAUAUAGUUCAGUCAUGA